UCAUCAAUAGCAAUUUCAUCAAUAGCAGUUGAUUUGGUGGAAACGAAGCAAACAAGCCGCAAGAGAGAGAAAGCGAGAGGACUCAGAAGAGAGAGAAAAUGGAGGUACCAGGAUCAUCGAAGAAGAUGAUAGCAACACAAGCAGAAAUGGUGGAAAACAAGGUUCCACUCGCAUACAGAGAUCAAUGCGCACACCUUCUGAUCCCCCUCAACAAAUGCAGGCAAUCCGAGUUUUAUCUUCCAUGGAAGUGCGAGAAUGAGCGCCAUACUUAUGAGAAGUGUGAGUAUGAACUCGUCAUGGAACGUAUGCUUCAGAUGCAGAAGCUUCGCGAAGGUCAGAAGAAUCAGCAAAAUCAAACCAUCCCUCUUAUUCCCAAAACCGCUAAUGCUUAGCUCCCAAUUCCGAUUCUUUUCCGUUUCAAUUUCGGCAACUCUCUGAUGGGUUGCUGAGUUCGUUUUAAUUGUCAUGCAUGGCUACUUGGUUUGUUGUACUGCUCGGAAGUUUCUCAUUCUAGACUAAUAACCUUGAUGAAAGUACUUUUGUUUUCUCCCAAUCUAUGUUACAAUAAGUUGAUGUAUAACAUGGGUUAUUCAGAAAUUUUGAGCUUUAUGCUUCUCUGCUGAGAGUUAUUAAUUAACAUGAAACAGAUUUGCAGACCA